AUGCAGGUGCCUCUCUUCCGCCUCCAGUGCGGAGUCAACAGCUACGGUUGGGGCAAGGUCGGCUCCGAGUCCGCGGCGGCCAGGUAUGCGGCUGCAACGCCCGUAGAGGGCUUCUCCGUCGAGUCUGACAAGCGAUACGCAGAGCUGUGGAUGGGCACACAUCCCUCGCUGCCGUCGAAAGAUGUCGAGACCCAGAGGUCGCUGCUGGACCUGGUGCAGACGAACAAGGCCCUCAUGUCGACCGAGAUCGUCUCGAGAUACGGUGGAAAGCUCCCGUUUCUCUUCAAGAUCCUCUCCAUCGGCAAGGCUCUCAGCAUCCAGGCCCAUCCGAACAAGAAGCUGGCAGAGACCCUUCACGCAAGGGACUCGAAGAACUAUCCAGAUGACAACCAUAAGCCAGAGAUGACCAUUGCAGUGACUCCGUUCGAAGGUCUCUGUGGUUUCCGUCCGCUCGCUGAAAUCGUCCACUUCCUCCGCGCCGUCGAGCCUCUCCGGGACCUGGUCGGUGGUGCUGCUGCAGAGGCUUUUGAGAAAGCCGUCAGCGGCCAGGAAGCAUCUCAGGACGAGGCCGUCACGCAGAAGAACAAGGCCGCACUCCGAGAAGUGUUUACCAAGCUUAUGCAGUCGUCACAAGAAGCAAUCACCAGCGCUACCCAGAAGCUGACCAGCGCAGCCGAGAGCUCCCCAGAGACCUUUGCGACCUCCUCCGCCUCCCCAGACACCAACCCAGCCAACCCGGACGAGCUCGCCGAGCUGGUCAUCCGCUUGAACGGACAGUUCCCCAACGACAUCGGCCUCUUCGUCCUCUUCUUCCUGAACUUCAUCAAGCUUGAGCCGGGUGAAGCCAUGUUCCUCAAAGCAGACGACAUCCACGCCUACAUCAGCGGAGACAUCGUCGAGUGCAUGGCGUCCUCUGACAACGUAGUCCGCGCCGGAUUCACACCCAAGUUCAAGGACGUCUCUACCCUCACCAGCAUGCUCACCUACUCCUACGCACCCAUCGAGGAACAGAAGAUGACUCCCACCGAAUAUCCUUACAUGAAGAUGAACACGACGGCUUACUCCAGCGGCUCCUCGGCCUCACUGUAUGACCCGCCAAUCGAGGAGUUCAGCGUCAUCAAGACCGACCUCAAGUCUGCCGGUGCAAAGGCCACCUUUGAGCCCAUCGGCGGCCCGAGUAUCAUCAUCUGCACCGCCGGUGAAGGUAAGAUCAGCGUCGGCCCUGCUAAGAGUUUCGAUAUGAAGGAAGGGUACGUGUUCUUUGUCGGAGCCACGGCCGAGUGUGUUAUCGAGAGCACCGUCGAUGGCAAGGACCUGACGACGUUCAAGGCGUUUUGCGAGCUUGCUGAUGCUCCCGUCAAUGGGAAUCUCUAA